AUGGCCUGGCACACAUUAAAGGAUCGGCUAUGUCACCGUCCAAACAACGCUGCUCUUCUGGCUAUCAUGAACCUGGCUGCGAAUACCCUCGGGCGCUGGCUCGAUCGGAAUGUGGCGGACUGGUUGCAUCACAUUAUGCUCGUUGUCAAUUUCAUCGUACUUGCCAGCAUUGUGUUGAGAGAAGCGCGGCGGUCGACUGGUGAUCAGACUGGUUCAGGUGAGAAGGAGGGUCUUGUUAAUGCUGGGGAGGAGUAG